GUUACUUUUCUUUUGCCAGAGUGUGUGGAAUAUUUCAGUCUUCAGUUUCUAGAAAGGAUGGGAGAUUGAUUUACAAAUCCUUGGUAAUCCUUGAUGAAUAUGUGUUAAGACUCAUCAAACCUCACCCUGCGUUUUAACACCUGAGGACGCAAGGAACACUUUUCUACUUAGACCCCAAGUGACUGUUUAAGUUAUUGCAUGAGUGCAAACCCCUGACGCAUCUACAGAGGACAAGACUGCUACAAUGGAGAGUAUUUCAAAUGAAAGUGACUUUUGGCAAGUUAACGAUUCCUGGAGGAACUCAAGUAUCGUUAACGGGACCGGUUUGUUGAAUAAGACGAACCCUCUGAAGCGGAAUGAAGAGGUGGCGAAGGUGGAGGUGACUGUGCUCGCCCUGGUGCUGUUUCUGGCGCUGGCGGGGAACCUGUGCGUCCUGCUGGCCAUCCACACUACCAAACACAGCCAGUCCCGCAUGUAUUACUUCAUGAAGCACCUGAGCAUCGCCGAUCUAGUUGUGGCGAUAUUUCAAGUUCUCCCUCAACUUAUCUGGGACAUUACAUUUCGGUUCUAUGGACCGGACGUUUUGUGCAGGUUAGUGAAAUACCUACAGGUCGUUGGGAUGUUCGCGUCCACUUACAUGUUAGUUUUGAUGUCCGUAGACAGGUGUUUGGCAAUUUGCCAGCCUCUCCGUUCUUUGCACAGGAGAAAAGACCGUUUUUAUGUCAUUGUUUCCUGGGUCAUAAGCUUGAUCUUCAGUAUCCCGCAGAUGUUCAUUUUCUCCCUGAUCGAGGUUGGCUCGGCUGGAUCCGGAGUGUAUGACUGCUGGGGCGACUUCGUAAAGCCUUGGGGUGCCAAAGCUUACAUCACAUGGAUCAGCCUCACCAUAUAUAUCAUCCCGGUGGCAAUACUGAGCAUUUGCUACGGGUUAAUAAGCUUCAAAAUAUGGCAAAACUUUAAACUGAAAACCAGGCGCGAGCAGUGUAUAAGCCUGACGCCCAAAGCCUCCAAAUGCAACACACUGGCCCGCGUGAGCAGCGUUAAGCUCAUCUCCAAGGCGAAGAUAACCACCGUGAAAAUGACUUUUGUGAUCGUUUUGGCUUAUAUCGUCUGCUGGACACCCUUUUUCUCUGUUCAGAUGUGGUCUGCGUGGGAUCCAGCUGCGCCCCGUGAGGCCAUGCCCUUCAUCAUCUCCAUGCUUCUGGCCAGCCUCAACAGCUGCUGUAACCCCUGGAUCUACAUGUGCUUCGCCGGGCAUCUGUUCCAGGAUCUCAGGCAGAACUUCCUGUGCUGUUCCACACGCUACCUCAAGUCCUCCCAGCGUGACUUUGACUGCAGUCACAAGAGCAACUCCUCCACCUUUGUCAUUAAAAGCACCAGCAGCCAGAGGAGCAUCACACAGACAUCCUCCACAUAAGCCCGUUUUCCCUUCUCUCUCUAGCCUUCCUCUCAAACACCUGCGUCAUAUCUAGCAGUUCAACUCCUUCAGAUACACCUCGCAAGUUCAAGCCCUGAAGGAAAAAACAAACGAAAAAGAUCUUAAUCGUUUUAUUAACAGUACUUCAGAAGUGGAAUUGUGAGAUAGAAAUAUGUACAGAAAAUGGGUAAUGGUGUGGUAUUUCUUGUUCAUAAAGACGAAUAAGAUAAUCACAGACCAAGCUGAGCAAUCACUUGACUUUUGUUUUUAUAUUAUUCUUGUUUGAGAUGUGUGUACAGUGAAGAGAAAGUAAAGGCAAAGAGAAUAUUUUGUAAGCACUGUAAACAUUAUUGAUUCAGUUGCAAAGCUUGUGGAUCCUGCUGUCUGUGUUAUGGUGAAAUUGACUAUCUAUUCUAAAUAUUGUGAACUACUUUGUAACAUUUACAGUGGACUGCAUACAUCUAUGCUUACUUACUGUACUUGAUAUGUUGUUAGUUGUGAAAUGUCAUGUCUUUCCCUGGUAAAAAGAAAAGAAAAACCGCUUGAAAAAUAAAUAAAGAGCGAAAGCAGCACAAAUGCACACACAGCUUUAUUAUUUAUACCUUGCUGAUGAUCCUUAGGAGCACCUACGGCCUCUUGAAAGCCUUGGCAAGGUUGCUGGAAUUGUACUAGAGGGAUGUUUGUUGACACAGAAUCAAUAACGUCACUGUGUUUCUGCACAGUUUUGGCAGCACAUUGAAACUUCCUGUUUAGCUUCAGCUCAAAAUGCAUUAUUGGGUUGAGAUCGGGAGCACGUGCACACCAGGGGAGUGAACUAAAGUAACACCUUGUUUUGAACACAUUUUGGGUCAACAAUCAACGGUGCAAUAUCCCGCAGGAAGCGCCAAUAAACGUAAACUGUGGCCAUGAGCUCCCUAUCGCAUUCUCUGUUGAAAAGCUCAUUUAGCAUGAGGCUGUUUUUUGUCAGUUUGUCAUAUAUUAAUGUAAAAGUUUCAAAUGUAAGAGCCAUCCAGGAUAAGAUCCAUUUCCAGCACAUUGAUUAUCCCUGUCAAUAGUUAGAAAUGACCAGAUAAAAGCUAACUUUGUCAAUAAAAACAAUCCAACUCUAUAUCUCUGAAGUAAAUCAUGUUUAUACAGGUUAGCUGGCGGGUAUUUCACUGCAUUACACUGUA